CUUUGUGGUGCAUCAGCUCCUCUCCUGAGCGCGCUCACACUACGACCCCGAGCUAAAGAACAGAACAGAAGAGAAAAUGGUGAAGAUCUCAUUUCAACCCGUGUCUGUGCAGAAGCCUGAAAAGCAGAGGGAUGGAGAAAAAGAAGAGAUUAUCAUGUCUUAUUCUCAACCGGAUGAUUUGGUCCUGCCUGUGAGGCCUAAGAAGUCUUCAGUAAAUUGCCUUUGGUGUCUGAUCCCUGGCCUGGUCAUCUUCGUGUCUGGCCUGAUCAUGGUGUCCGUCUAUGUGUAUCGCUACUACGUCAACACUCAGAUCCCAGAGGACAGCCUGUUCCACUGUCGGGUGAUGUAUGAAGACUCCCUGUACGCGCCGUUGCUAGGGAGACAGGAGCUGCAAGAGAAUGUUGGCAUCUACUUGGAGGAAAACUACGAGCACAUCAAUGUUCCUGUGCCCAACUUCGGAGGAAGUGAUCCAGCUGACAUCGUCCAUGACUUUCACCGGGGCCUCACAGCAUAUCACGACAUUGCGUUGGAUAAGUGCUAUGUUGUUGAGCUCAACACCACUGUUGUCAUGCCUCCCAGGAACCUGUGGGAGCUACUUAUUAAUGUCAAGAGGGGGGUGUACCUGCCUCAGACCUAUAUGGUUCAGGAAGAGAUGAUGGUGACUGGCCGUGUGAAGAACAUGCGUCAGCUUGGCCCCUUUAUCCACCGUCUGUGUUAUGGCAAAGAGACUUUCCGACUGAAACGCCGCAACUCUCGCAGACGUAUCGAAAAGCGAGAUACCAGGAAGUGUCACAGCAUCCGUCACUUUGAGAACACAUUUGUGAUGGAGACAGUGAUCUGUGACCGGGCCUAAAGCAUCAGCCUCGGCAUCUUCCCAACUCGACUGAGCAGAACCCAAAACCUGUUCCUCUGCGUUUAGCUUUUAUUGCACUUUAUAGCACAUCUUCUAUGUACAUACUAUGUAAGGCAUCAGGUUUUUCCCCUUUAAUUUAUUAUUAAUGUGAUGAGAGAAAUUUUUCCCCCUCCUAGAAUCCUAAUGUCCCAGGUUGAAUAAUUAACUGCCUUAGUGUUUGGUGGCUAUUCUUGUUGUCUUGUCUCGGAUAAACAUGUUGAUGUCUGUAUAUAUUGGUAUUUACAUAACAAAUGUAUAAUUUUCUUUUUUCUUUCUUUUUUUUUUUUCUUCAUUGAAUAUGGGGGAUCCUAAUGUCUGACUGGUCUGAGAAAUUGAAGCACAUUGAAAUAAUUUACCAGACUGUAUUAACAUCUUUUUAGUGUGGGACUGUGGCAUGCACUAUGCACUGACUUCUUUUCCUUUAUGGUUUGUCUUUUUGUGUGUGUUAUGGUUAUUUUGUCUAUAUAAUGGAUAACCUGUUCACUACUGUCUCCCAGUGUUAAAUAGGAAAUCCAGAUUUUGAAACUUGUCUUAAUGCCAAAAAGUAUACCUCAUGUUUUAGAAAUGUAUAAGUUAAUUACUUGUUAUUUAAUUAAGACAUUUGUUUUUUAUUUUUUUCCCCAAAGGAACUUAAGCAAUAGAGUUUUCUUAUCUUGGAUUUCAUAUUUUAACAUCGGACAUUUUCGUAUUGAGUUAUGAAACUUGUAUGUUUUUGUCUCUUUGUGACAUAUCC